CUACAGCAUGCUCAAUUGACGCCAUUAUUUUCUCUGUUGGGAACGUGGGUUAAGUAUAUUUCGAGAGAAAAAGACUUUGAAUUAAAUUUAGAAUGCCGAAGAACAAAGGAAAGGGAGGUAAAAAUCGACGAAGGGGAAAGAACGAGAACGAGUCAGAGAAACGUGAACUUGUCUUUAAAGAAGAUGGUCAAGAGUAUGCUCAAGUCGUGAAGAUGUUGGGAAAUGGAAGGUUGGAGGCACUUUGUUUCGAUGGCGCCAAGCGGCUUUGUCAUAUUCGCGGAAAACUUCGCAAAAAGGUGUGGAUCAAUACUGGUGAUAUUAUACUCCUUGGACUACGUGAUUACCAGGAUAACAAAGCAGAUGUGAUUCUGCGCUACAAUCCUGAUGAAGCCCGGAACUUGAAGGCUUAUGGAGAGCUUCCAGACAAUACUAAGAUCAAUGAAAAUAUUGGACAAGGAGGAGAAGGAGAAGAAGAUGAUAUCCAGUUUGAUGAUUAUGAAGAUGAUGGAGAUGAUGAUGCUGAUAUUGAUGGAAUUUAAUGGCAACUAAACAAACACGGACUUGAAAAGAAUAUAUUUCUUUGCUUUCAUAGCAUUACACUGUACCUCAAGUAGGAAACACUUAAAAGACAUUCUGACAUAUUUUAUAAAAUUAAUGUGCUAUUAUUAGCAAGUAGCUUGUCUAAUUUUAGCUUGUUUUUGGGAAAAUGAUACAUCAAAUGGUCAUGGAUCAUAGUGGAACAGUAUGUCUUGUUUCCAGUGUUCCUUUAUUUGUUAAGGAGCGUGAGAGAUGAACACUUGAUAUUCUUAUUAGAAAUCACCUUUGUAACUGGUUGAAUAUUUUUUUUGUAAAGAAAUGUUUAGCUAAAUAUUUCAGGCACUCGAUUAUUGGUCCUUUUUGUUUUAAGAUGCAAGGCUGGCAUACCUACCUGUUGCCAAUAGCACUUGUAAUCUUUUUGUUUGCUGAUAGAUCAUUUCAUGCUCAAACUAUAAUUUUUAAAUUGCAUGCGAUACACUUAAUUAUUUGUACUGCAAAUUACCUUUAACCUUUAAGAUGGCAAUCUUCCCUAUUUAAAAUUAUUCACUGUGCUAUUCUUGUCGAUUUUUUAUGAAAUAGAUGAAUGGAAGAAAUAACUGCAUUUUAUGAUGAAAGAGUUUAUUUUACUUGUUACAAUGAAAGUAACAUGCAUGUGUGAAAGAUGGUAAAUUGAUAAUGUUGAUUUAGAAAAUAUAUAUCUCUUGCAAAGGAUCAUCUAAAAUUGUAAAAAUUGACAAGCAAAAUACAACAGUAAAAAAAAAACAGCAUGCAGAAGUUGUAAUCCUGUUUUCAGACAUGUAUGAUUAAAAUUGCCAAUCCUUCUGUA